AACAUUAGAGCUCAUAUGGUGGCGUCUAUUCCCUGUAAUGCUUGUUAUGAGUUUUCCAUCCACAACCAAUGAGCCAGAGAGCUGCAGCAGUGAGGGAAGCAGCUGCACCACCUCUUCUGUCACCACCUCCGACCUGUCCUCUAUGUCCGCACACACUCACGCCAACAUACCUUCCCUCAGCGAUGACCCCGACACCUCCAGCCACAAAGCUCCCCCACCUCCUCCCCUUCCACCCCCACUUCCUCCAGAUGUGCCUCCUCCUCCUCCACCUCCCGCAAUCACAUCCAGCAACCAGAACACAAGAAAGAAGCGCCGUGUCCGCAGCUUCUUCUGGAAGCCAAUACCUGAGGAGAGGGUCAGAGAAAAGCCGAACAUCUGGACUCUGGCAGUGCGGCAGCAGCAAUACCAGAUUGAUGUUCGGUCAGUGGAGGAGCUGUUUGGGCAGCAGGAGGAUGCGUCUUCGGGAGUACGUGGGCCGACGCCGGCUACAGGGACCUCGACACGUGUGUCCCGGGCCCGCUCCUUCAAGGAGAGCAGCAAGGAGGACGUCAGUAUUCUUGACUCCAAAAGGGGGAUGAAUGUGGGCAUUUUCCUGAAGCAGUUCAAGAAGUCCAACAGCUCUAUUGUUGAGGACAUACGACAAGGAGAAGGAAAGAAUUACGGAGCAGAGCUGCUCAAAGACCUGCUGAGGCUCCUGCCAGACGCAGAGGAGAUCAAGAAGCUCCAGUCGUUUCAAGGAGACCCAGACAAGCUGACACUGGUCGAUUCCUUUAUGUUCCUCUUGAUCCAGGUGCCUCGGUUUGAGGUUCGGAUCGAGGCCAUGGUGCUUCAUGAAGAGUUCUUCCCUUCUUGUAAUGUCAUGAGCAAUGAGAUCGAUGUUGUCCGUGUUGCCACUAAAGAUCUGAUGAACUGUGAGGAGCUUCAUGCUAUUCUGCAUUUGGUGCUGCAGGCCGGAAACAUCCUGAACGCUGGUGGCUACGCAGGAAACGCUGCUGGUUUCAAGUUGUCAUCUCUCCUCUCAUUAGCUGACACUAAGGCAAACAAGCCAGGGAUGAACCUGUUGCACUUUGUCGCCAUGGAGGCAAAGAAAAAGGACGAGAAUCUGCUCAGGUUUCCAGAGAAACUCCAGGAUGUCCAGAGAGCAUCCAGGGUCUCAGUGGAAAACAUUGAGGUGGAGUUUUCCUCUCUAUAUGUUCGGAUUAAAUCUCUGGAGGAGAAAAUUCAAGGAGACCAGGAGCUGCUGCAGCAGCUGGAACCCUUUCUGCAGAGUUCAACACAGAGGCUUCAGGACUUGAAGAGACGCAGGCUGGAUCUGCGUAAAGAGGGAAACGCUCUCAUCGAUUUCUUUUGUGAAGACAAGGACACCUUCAAGCUGGAUGAGUGCUUCCGCAUCUUUCAAGACUUCUGCAUUAAGUUCAAGAAAGCUGUCAAGGACAACAUGGAUCGUGAGUUGAAGGAAGCAGCCAGAGAGCGUCGUCUGAGGGAGUUGGAGGAAAAGCGUUUCGCUUGGUCAGGUGCAGAUCAGAGUUUUGGUCGGAGCAGCAGCGAGAAUGACGUGGAGAUGCUCACUAAGGAAGGUCUGCUGGACUUUUUUCAGCAGAGGUCUGAGAGUCCGCACAGCCCAAUGGGACGCUCUGCCAGCGCCCGUCGCCACCGGCACACCAUGACCUCUAUAGCAGACAGAGAACUCAAAGGUUACCUGGAGAUAUUUGGUGGCUCUGGGAAUCCCUCUGACUAUUCCAAAUUUAACAGCCUACCUCGGACAGGCCGCACAGUGCAGCGGAGGACAAUCCCCUGGAUCUCAGCUCAGGAUGACAACCGAGAGUUGGACCGCGACAGAACGGUGCGAUCUCCACAUGCAGAAACUGAGCUUAUCAGCCCACUGGCAGUGUUUUCUUCCCCUGGUCCAUAUGAUAACGAUCCUUACAGCAUCAACAAUAAUAAAUACUCUUCAUUGUCUGAGAGCAGCGCCCUGCCUCGUUCAUUUUCUGUCUUUCAAAAGCCUGUCAAUCUUCCUAAUCCAACCAUUUCCAGCCACAUGAAUGUUAGUGUGGAGAAGCACACUUUGGUUCCAGGUCCUCAAGCUUUUGACCUACCAAGCCCAAACAAUAACAGCAAUCAUAUGAACUUUGUGAACCAUGGGGAUGUCGUGGUGACUGAUUUAGAAAGGGAGCAACGAAGACUUCCCUUAAGGCUUGACAACCUUGUACGUAAUAGAGUUUUGGAAAGAGGCGCAGAUGCCAAGGCGGCCUUGGAAGGCACAUUAGAUCUUCAUCAGCAGGUUGGUAUCUCUCCUGAGAGAGAAAAAGAAGAAGAAGACCACAGUACAUUGUCAUCAACAACAUGCGAUACCCCCCUCCCUCUAGAUACCUCUGCAUCAAAACAGAAACCAGUGUUUUAUAUUGUAGACUGCUCGGAAACAGACUGCUCUGUCACCUUUGAUUACUCUGAGACUGAAAGUUCAUUUCUAAUGAAAGAGGGACUUCAUUUCAGAAGCAAAGAACAGGAGAACCAGCAGGAUCCAAGCUCCCUGUCCUCUAAUUUGGACUACAUGUCUCCCAAUGACCAGCCUGUUUCAGAGCUCAAAUGUGUGGAUGCAGCAUCCAUGACUCCGUCUGCUACCACAGAGGAGUGGGACACUGAGAGCUGCGACACUGCUGAGGGAAAACCAAGUUCUGUGAGAGACACUCAGAGAAACAGCAGAAAACCAGCUCAUACCAAGAGCAAAGCUGGCAAAGCAACCAAAUCUAGCGGAGGUCAUGGUGUGCGGACACUUACCAGCACAGAGAACCUGAGCAUGCGGAAAGUUCUACCCAUCUCUAAGAUAACAAGAACAGGGAGCAUCAAAAGAGCCGAGAGACCUUCAGCGCAUGACAGUGGAGAAUCACAACGUCCUCUUCGGGACCAGAGCACUCCACCGAGAGGAAGGAGUGAAAAGACCACGAGACCUCUUCGACACUCCAGCCUUCCUCCUGAUGAGUCAAAAGCUCAGAGGGGAAGUAGCCUGACAGGCACCUUUUCAAGAUGGGCAAACGAUGCAACUCAGAAAAAGGCUUCUGUCCAUAAGCCGAGCACAAAACCAGUGAGGAACAUCCCUAAGCCUCCACCUGAGGAGAAGAUGUGCCGUUCCACCAUGAGAGCGCUGGCUCAGGCUCAGGCUCAGGCUCAGGCUCAAGCCCAGACACAGGCUGGAGCUUCUUCAGAGAACAGCAGCUGUAACACUCUCAGUGCAAGAAACAACUCUGAUGUACCGAGCUUUGCCCGCAACACCGUCGCUUCCACUACCAGGACAAAGAAAGAGCUGGGGGUGCCGUCCAUCCCAACCACUCCGGUUGGCACCCCUUCCAUUCUCAAUCGACAUACCUCUGUGAAGCAAACAAGGUUCUCGCCAUCAGUUGCUAAUGGCGAGGAGCGCCCACAAGGGACAAACCUGCGACGAGUACAAAGUGUGAAAGUAUCCAGGAGCAGUGCCUUUGUCAGCGAGACUCCGCCACCACUCCCCACACGUGAAGAUAUCCGAAAGACUACUAACGCUUUGGAAAAGGCUGUCCCGUCUAAAGACUCUAUGACGCCCAGCAGAAGUACUAAACCAACCUGGAAAUAAAACAAACUUGGUGGAUACUGACUUUAAAAGACAAACAGAAAAAGAGCCUUUUCCUUGACUUGAUGUAUAUAAAUAUUUGCUCUUUUAUCACAUCAAAGUGCACUCUUAUGCUCUCAUAUCAUGCAAAAGACAAGAAUCUAGAAAAAUCACAUUAAGCUUUUCUUACCCUGUAAGGUUCCCUAAGUAGCUGACUAUCAGGUUUAUGAAAUGCAAAGAGCAACAUGCACUGAACUGCCCAACAUGUUCCAGCUUUGGAACAAAAAAAAGUUGUUGUUCCCAGCUCAUUUUGUUGUUUUCCAGGGUUUGGGGUUAAACUAAACUGACAAAUGGCAAAUGUAUUUUUCUUUGCCUGCUUAGCUGUCUAUUUACAGCACAUGCUUAUGUCUGUGAUGGACGUCAGUGUUGAACACUACUGACUAUACAAUGCUGCUAGUUAGCUCUGACAACUAGAGACUGAGUUUCAGUCUCUCUUUCAUUCAGGUUUACACGUUAUUGUACCUUUACUUGCUGCUGUUAUGGUGUAUUUUCUUUGUGUGGCAGUCUACUGUAGAGUAUCGCUCUAUUUUUGCGUCUUUUUUUUUCUUUUUGCUUGUUACCUCAGAGAUCGCAGUGGCCUUGUCCCAGCAGGAAAAUGUAAAAAAAAAAAAAACGUUAAUUUGACAGUUAAAAUCAUAUGACCUGGUCAAAAACUGCAAUGUCACUUUUAUAUAUACCUGAUACAUUAAUGUUACUACAAUAUAUAAUGUCACAGAUUAUAAACCAGUGUAUUCCAA